UCCAUGUUGGACCCAAACUGAGGAGCCCGGAGCUGCCACCGGGGGAUCGGGGGCCGAGGGCACCCGGGGGAGCUGUGGCCCGGGCCGCCCGCCCUCCGCACAGGCCGCCUCCCUUCCCGGCCCGGGGAGGACACGGAGGGGGGAUGUGAGCAGCUGUGGGAGCCGGAGUCGCGGGAGCGGGAGCCGGAGCGGGCCCCCGCCCAGGCCCCCCAGCCCAGCCCAGCGCAGCCUGCGCGCCCGCCGGCCCUCCCGCCCAGCCAGCCCGGGCCCGCGGGAUUGUUAGAUGGAACACGGCUCCAUCAUCACCCAGGCGCGGAGGGAAGACGCCCUGGUGCUCACCAAGCAAGGCCUGGUCUCCAAGUCCUCUCCUAAGAAGCCUCGUGGACGCAACAUCUUUAAGGCCCUCUUCUGCUGUUUUCGCGCCCAGCAUGUUGGCCAGUCCAGCUCCUCCACUGAGCUCACCGCAUACAAGGAGGAAGCCAACACCAUUGCUAAGUCGGAUCUCCUCCAGUGUCUCCAGUACCAGUUUUACCAGAUCCCAGGGACCUGCCUGCUCCCAGAGGUGACAGAAGAAGAUCAAGGAAGGAUCUGUGUGGUCAUUGACCUAGAUGAAACCCUUGUGCAUAGCUCCUUUAAGCCCAUCAACAACGCUGACUUCAUAGUGCCUGUGGAGAUCGAGGGGACCACUCACCAGGUGUACGUGCUCAAAAGGCCUUACGUGGACGAGUUCCUGAGACGAAUGGGGGAGCUCUUCGAGUGUGUGCUCUUCACUGCCAGCCUGGCCAAGUACGCCGACCCUGUGACGGACCUGCUGGACCGCUGCGGCGUGUUCCGGGCGCGCCUCUUCCGCGAGUCCUGUGUCUUCCACCAGGGCUGCUACGUCAAGGACCUCAGCCGCCUCGGGAGGGACCUGAGGAAAACGCUUAUCCUGGACAACUCGCCCGCCUCCUACAUCUUCCACCCGGAGAACGCGGUGCCUGUGCAGUCCUGGUUUGACGACAUGGCCGAUACUGAGUUGCUGAACCUGAUCCCCAUCUUCGAGGAGCUGAGCGGAGCCGACGAUGUGUACACCAGCCUCGGGCAGCUGCGGGCCCCGUAGCCUUCCCGGAGUCCCUGCAGGGCCUCGCCCACACUGUGCCUUUAUGACCAGCCUGACAGACCGAGCCGAAACUGGAGCACCUCACCCGCCGGGGCCUGGGAGCAGCGUGGAGGGACUGGGGAGAGCACGAGGGAAGGUUAGGCGGUGCAGGCCCCCACCCGGCCGCCCAGAGCCGCCUGCUCACGGGCGUGUGAGCCGGCGCGCUGUGGCCGCCCGGCAUGUGCCGUGUUUGGGGGCAGGGGAGCAGCUGAAAGAUCAAGACUCUUCCCAAGGUAGUUGGUCUCCUUUAUGUCGCCCCAGGAGCCGCUGGGCUCCGCAGGCUGAAGACGUGCAGGCCCUGUUGCCAAAUCAUGGCAGCCCCGCAGUGCCAAGGAGGAAGGGAGGGCGGAGGCCGCCUGGGCGCGCACCUUUCUGAAACCCUUCCCCAGCGAGCUGCUGCAGACGAGACACAGCGCUUGUGGGAGGUGCCAGAACCCCCACGGCUGCAGCCGAGUGCCUGGGUGAGCCCUCUCCGUGCCUCCCCGCGGCUCCGGCCGGGCCUGCCUUCCUCACACCUCGCCAUAGUCUUGACCUUGUGUGGAAGACGGUCCUCGGCCCGCCCUGGAAGAGGACAGAGAGCCGAUUUCCGUUCUCCUGACCCUUGUGUUUAAAUUCUCUUUCUAAACGUGCAGUUUGGGGCCUAGUUUGUUUCUGGUGAAGCUUCAGCCCUGGCCGACAGCGAAGGUGGGCGGCGCUCGGGGAGCAGGGCGCAGAGGCGACCCCGGCUGUGAGUCGCUGGCCGCGUGCCCCUCGGCUGCUCCUGAGGGCCUCUGCGGGCGCUGGCCCAGAGGCCGGGGAGAGCCGCGCCCCUCCGUUUCUUUGGCAGGGCUCUUCCCUGCUGUGUCUUCCCGGGGCCUGUCCCCAGCCGAGCUCUCUCUGUUCCAGCCUGCAUCCCUCCUGGCUGCCACAGUUCCUCUCCAGGGCCUCGGAACUCCUGCUUUUCCGUUGGGUGUGCAGACCUAAAGGCCGGGUCUCCUGCCUCCAGGAGUGGCGUGGGCAGCCCCUCCUGCACCUGCUCUCUGGCAUGUCUGGCUUUCAGCGGUCCCUAUUGGCAAAUGCUUUAACAAACAGUCACCAAGAGGAAGUAUCCCCGGGUAGAAAAAACAGAAGGGGAAGUGCUGCCAAGACUGCGAGCACAAGGAGCCCCCAAAGAGGGAGCCCCCACCUCCGCGUCACUGCCUUAAUCAUGGCCUCCCCGCGGCUGGUUGGGGCUCUCGCCUCCCUCCCUCCCUCCUGUGGAGCUGGGAGGGAGUUGCUGUCCCCAUGUCUCUUCCCCCGAGGCAGGUGUCACAAAGCAUUUGGGAAUUGCUUCAGAUGCGGGGGCACUGCCCACUCAGGACUCACUCCCUUGUCCUCAACUCCCGCACACCGGUCCAGCCUCAGGCGCUAACCAGCAGCAAGGACAGCGGGUGGCAGAGCAGCAGCCUGGCAUGGCGAGUGUGGCCCCCGGUGGUGGCAGCUCCCCUCCCCAGCCCGGGGCUAUGAGGCCUCGUCCCACUCGCUGGGGUCUCAGAAGUGGCACGGCCCCCAGAGCUUGUGUGAUCAUUCCCCCACAGCUGUGCGGCUGCCCACAGGCACCCAUCAGCCAUGCGUCUCCCGAAGGGCAGUGCAGCUCGGGCUCCUGCCCACUGUGCUUCGGAUCUCGGCCCGGGCCCAGGUCGCAAUCCUGCAGCUGCGAAAGGGGCCUCUCGCCCCACCCUGACCCUGAGGGCCCAGCCAAGCUCUUCUGACCAAACAAGCAAUAAGAGGCGCGAAGCUGCUUGGGUUCCAGAGCCCUUCCUGCCUCCUCUGGAGCGCCACGUUCCAGGUGGAGAAGCCCCUGCCACUCCUUCCUAUCCAGCGCGUCCACACCCUUGGUGAGGCCCGGGCCCCAAAGCCAGGGUGGCUCGUUGUCAGAACCCUGCCGGUCACCUGCAGCUCUUCCACGCCCGCCGUGCCCUCAGUCCCUCUCCCCUCACCCCUCCCUUCCCCCAGAAGCAGCUCAGCCAAAUCUAAACAGGGUCCACCCAUGGGGACCAGAGCCAGCCUCAAGUCAUUAUUUGCUGUCCAGUUUCACGGUUGUGUUAGGGGCCUGUGAUGGUGGCAGAGAACUUGCUCCUCAAAGGAAACACAUCAGACUGAGUUCUGGAGGGGAGCGAGAUUUGAGGGUGGGGGGAGCCACGCCACCCCAGGACCUGUUCUGGGACUUCCCACUGGAGAUGGUCCUUGGGAGUCGGCAGUCCCCUCCCUCCACCGGCAGCCUGGUCAGCGCCAGUUUAAGCCGGGCCAGGAAUCCGCCCCUGCCAGGUUCAGUUAUUUAAGGUGCCUCUUCAGGGACACAGUGUGUCUCGCCGGUCGGGCUUCUGAAUCAAAAGCCUGAUGUUCGUGUCCCUCUCAUAGGGGGAGCUUUGGACACAGGACCAGUUUGGAAAAGGGUCAGGUAAGGGUGUCCACUCUGCACAUUGCAGAGGGGCCCUCCGGAGGCCCCGGGUCCCUUCCUAGAGAGGCAGUGAGUUUGCCUCUGUUCAGCCCGGGGCCUCCGGCCUAGCUCCCUCCUGCCUCCCAAAGCGUUGACCGUUUUGUAAAACGGAUGAAUUCCCCUCUGCUAUAGUGGUCCAGGGACUCCCUUGUGCUAAACACGGGGAGUCCAGCAGCUGUCGUUGCCUGGGAGGUGGUCCCACGUAUUCCGCUGCCGCUACGUGUUCCCGAGGCCUUGUGCACACGGGCAGUCCCCAUGGAAGGCUGUCCCGAGUCCCAGCCAGGCCACUGGAGGGGGACGGUCGGCCCGUUACCCCUGUGGGUCUUCAGUUGGUUGUCUGCCCACUCAAGCCGCCUCUCUCGAUAAAGUGGGGUUUUGUUUUGUCUGUAUUCUUCCUUUUACAUGCCAGUAAGUGUCAGCGUUCACCCAGGGCAGCGGGGCUCAGCCGUCUGCCCUGCCCCCCAUUCCUUGGCCGUCACAGGGCCUGCCCCGCAGUGGCCCACUGUGGGCCUCUGAGCUUGUGGUGACCCCAAGUCUGACACGGUCCACCUGGUCCCGCGCCAUCCCCCCUUCGCGAUGCCGUUCGAGGGUCGGGAAUCUGCUUCCCCCUGUGCCUGGGCUAUGGGAUUCUGACUACCUUGCUUCAUGAUUUGAUAAAUUUGUUGUAUUCAAAAACUUGAAAUGUAGGACGCCAUUAAGUGUCUGUUUAUAUUUUUGGAAUAUUUGUAUUACUUACAACUAAUUAAUAAAAGCGGGUUUUAAAAACCUA